AUUUUUUUUAUUUUCAAAAGAGAAAAAAUUUUCCUUCAACUAAUCAACUUUCCAAGUGUUUUAAUGGUUCCUUUUAACAAUUAACUAAUUGAGGAGUGACAAUCGUUUAAAUUUGAUUAACGGUAACGAUAAAUAUUCUCUUCUUUUUCUUUUCCUGUUGCAACUCCAGGAACAUGGAGGUUAUUUACUGUUGUUUAUUUAUCCAAACGAAGAAGGAGGAGAAAAAGGUGAAAGGGCAAUAGACGAUGGAGGAACAAGGAGGAGGUGGUGGUGGUGGAAGUGCAAGUGGUCCUGGUGGUGGUGGAGGUGGUGGUAUUGUAAGUAGUAGUAGUUGUAGUACAAGUAGUAAUCAAGGAAUCAGUGGUGUUAUUGUUACUGGAGGAAGUGGUAGUGCCAGUGGUGUUGGUGGACCAGAAGGAUCAACAUCACCAACAACUGAAUUUACACCAGAAUAUGAUCAAUAUGGACAUGGACAUUAUUUUACAAAGAAAACAUUUCAUAAACCAACUUAUUGUCACCAUUGUACCGAUAUGUUAUGGGGACUUAUUGGUCAAGGAUGUAUAUGUGAAGUGUGCAAUUUUGUAGUACACGAUCGAUGUCUCAAAACUGUUGUUUCUCCCUGUUCCACAAUAGCCUCAAAUGUAAUUAAGAAUCCAGUUCCCCAUUGUUGGUCUGAUGUCGGACAUUUUAAGAGAAAAUUUUGCAACGUUUGUCGAAAACGAAUCGAAGAUCAAAGUGCAGUUCGAUGUGAAACUUGUGAAUAUUGUGUUCACUUAGAAUGUCAAGAUUUCAGUGUAGCCGAUUGUAAAGAAUGUGCCACUUAUAUUCCUGAUCAAGAACUGCCAAAAGUAGUACAAUUUCACCAUUGGAGAGAAGGUAAUCUUCCUCCUAACUCUAAGUGUCAUUAUUGCCGUAAAUCAUGUUGGUCAGCUGAAUGUCUCGCUGGUAUGAGAUGUGAAUGGUGCGGAUGGACGGCUCACGCAAUUUGUUAUAAACAAUUAAAUCCAGAAUGUAAUUUUGGUCUAGUCCAGAGUAUAAUGUUACCACCAUAUUGUGUUAGCAUCCCUCGAACCGAUGUACCAUUGGAAACGAUCAUCGUUCAAAAUCGUAAAAAAGGCGAAAAUGUAGCCCGUAAGUUUACUCGAAGUAGCUCUGAAGAGUUACCUGGAUCUGACCAGAGGACAAAAUCCGAAGCCGAAGAGUAUCCAUCACCUAAGGAUAAAGAUAAAGAUGAAGAGGUAGUUAAAAUCUACGAUGGUAAUGCUUCAAUGAAACGAAGUACAUUCCGGACAAUCACCAUCUCACGAAGUGCAAACAAGGAACAGAUCAUAGCGGCCGCUCUUCGAGCUUUUCAUAUUCACGAUGAUCCCAAACACUAUAUUAUAACCGAUUUUUAUGAUCCAAAUGAGAAAGAAUUAUGUGAUUUUAUGUCGAUACCCAGUUUAACCAGGAAAGAGGGCAAAAGGCCUGGUAUCUUUUUUAGGUUUCGUCCACCCAAUUCCUCACAAGGAACCAUUCGAGUCUAUCCUGGGAAACUUAACGUUUUCGUUAACGAUACUUAUUGUGUGAUACCUGUAACUGAUGAUACAACAGUAGAGGAAGUAAUUAAAUCAUCAUUAGAAAGAUUUGGUUUGGAUCCUAAAGAUAUAAACAGAUAUCGCCUUGUUGAAGUUUCCUUAGAGAAAGGAGCUGUCCAUGAAAGGACAAUGGAUAAUCAAGAAAGUCCCUGGGAGAUAAUUAAAAACGUAGCAAGAGAAUCAGUUCGUCAGAAGGAAAAUACUCGAUUCUAUCUACAAACCAAAGACGAAGUGUACUGUUCAAAUGUGGCCAUUUUCGUCGGCAAUUUACCUCCGAAUUUGCCCCAACGUCAUUACGAGAAAAUCCUUGUUGAUGUUUUAGGAAAACCUUAUAAAUACCGUUCAGUUGGUCCAAUUUACUACGAAUAUGGAUCGUUAAUUAUAACCUACGAUAAUGCCGAUAUCGCUGUAAAAGCUUUUUAUAUGUUACGAGAAACGGUUUAUGAUGAUAAAAAUUUACUUGUCCUUUUAUUACCAAAUAUUGUCGCCGAUAUGGUUCCCACCGGAGUUAGGCCUCUAUUGGUUUUUGUUAACGUUAAAAGUGGUGGUUGCCAAGGAUUAGAGUUAAUCUCAGCAUUCCGUAAAUUGUUAAAUCCUUAUCAAGUUUAUGAUUUAGAAAAUGGUGGUCCACUUCCAGGGUUAUACGUUUUCCGUUGGGUUAAAGAUUAUAAAAUUUUGGUCUGUGGCGGUGACGGAACCGUUGGUUGGGUGUUACAGUGUUUAGAUAAUGUCGGUCAAGACUCAAUUUGUCAAUCACCUCCAUGUGCCAUUGUCCCUUUAGGUACUGGUAAUGAUUUGGCUCGAGUACUUCGAUGGGGCUCAGGUUAUACUGGUGCUGAAGAUCCGAUGACCCUUUUAAAAGAUGUCAUCGAAGCGGAAGAGAUUAGAUUAGAUAGAUGGACAGUGGUCUUUCAUACAGAUGAACCAGCGCCCAAACAGGAAGAUAAACCUGGUUUACCUGGUAAUCAAACGGGAGCCUCUGAAGAUAAUACUGCAAUCUAUGUGAUGAACAAUUAUUUUGGUAUCGGUAUUGAUGCUGAUCUUUGUCUAGGUUUUCAUAUUGCCAGGGAAGAGAAUCCAGAUAAAUUUAAUUCCAGACUUCAUAACAAAGGUGUCUAUGUAAAAAUGGGUUUAAGAAAAAUGGUUACUAAGAAAACAUGGAAAGAGCUUCAUAAGGAAAUCAGGGUUGAAGUUGAUGGUAAAUUAGUUAAUUUACCUCCGGUUGAAGGGAUUAUAAUUCUUAAUAUACUCAGUUGGGGAUCUGGUGCCAAUCCUUGGGGUCAAGAAAAAGAUGACCAAUUUUCAAAGCCUACACAUUAUGACGGGAUGCUUGAGAUCGUCGGUGUAACUGGAGUUGUACAUAUGGGUCAAAUACAGAGUGGCCUUCGAAAUGCCAUUCGAAUCGCUCAGGGUGGACAUAUUAAAAUUAGGAUAAACACUGAGAUGCCUGUUCAGGUUGAUGGUGAACCUUGGAUUCAAGCUCCUGGUGAGGUUGUGGUACUUAAAUCAGCUCUAAAAGCAACUAUGCUACGGAAAACAAAAAUGAAACGUCGUAACACUGAACCUGCCCUAUCCGCCUCAGAAAAAUCCUCCGGUGAAAGGUCAUCUGUAGCUUUAGGUGAAAAAUCGUCCAUCAGUGAGCGUCCAGAUGAGUAAAUCUAAUUGUUAAUUAACGAUAAUUAAUAAUAAUUAUAAAUAGAUAAUAAUAAUAAUCAUCAAUACUACUACUAACAAUGAACCACUUUCAUCAACAACAACAACAAGAAACCACCACCACUAACUACAAUUAACGCCAACCCAUUAAAUCAACAACCAUUUUGAUUAUAUAUUAUCAAUUGUUGCUUAAUUAAUAUGGUUAAUUGCAACAAUUUAACUUAAUUCACUUGGUAUUUAAAUGAUAAUAUCAAGAUGGACAAUUAAGGAAAUGAAAUCCUUUUUUUUUAUUCAAUGUAAAUCAAAUUGACAUCAUCUUUCAUCAUCAUCAUCAAUCGUUAAUCAACAACAAUUUAAUUGACAACUUUGAUAUUGAUAUACUUAAAUUAAUCAAAAAUCACCCACUCAUUGUAAUCAUCAUCAUCAACUUUCACAUCUUCAUCAUAAUUCAUGAUUAACUUUAUCGUUCAACAAUUAAGAUCAUCAAUGAUUCGAGGACUUGGCUCCAAUUAACCAAAAUUUUUAAUUGUAAACAAUUAAAACUUUGCCAACUCUAGUCAAAUUAACAUUUUUUUCACCAGUUGCUUAAUCAACACAAAGAUGAUUAACUAAUCAUCAUCUUAACAACUGAAUUGAAAAGUUUUCACAUUUUUUGUUUUCUUUUUGUAAACUCAACCAACUUAAUUAAUGGUAACAAUUAAGGAAUCAUUGUAAUCAGAAUUAACUUUUUACUUUCUGAUUCUUCCCUCUGAUCAUAUUAAUUAUCAUCAUUCCAGAUCUAAAAUAACAAUACAAACACAAUUAAGGAAUUAAUUGGAUUGAAAAUUUUCUAAUCAGUUAAUCCAAAUCUCCAAAAAUCCCCACUUGUUAAUCAUCGUAAUCAAUUUUAAUUAUUGUGAGAUUAAUGGACAAUUAACUUUCAACGUUUUCAUAUGAAACCAGAAAUCAAAUGAACUUUUCAAAUUGUGUCCAAACUUUUUCUGCUUUUUCCUGAUUAACUGGAUUAACAACAACAAUUAACAUAAUGAUCAUCAUCAAGAGACAAUUAAAUUAAUUGUGAUUUGGGGGAUAAACAAUUUAUAUAUAUAAAUAUGUACAAAAAAAUCAAAUCACACACAUCAAAAUCUUAAUAGUAAUCAUUUUGUUUCUCCCUUUGUAUCAUAAUCUAAAUUGUUAGUGGUGAUAAUUAACGCAAUUAAUUAAUUUCUGGUUUAACCAUUUUCUAUAUCAGUGCUUCUAUGUGUGUAAAUCGCAAAUCAUCAUUCAUAAUCAUCACAAUCAACUUUAAUUUGGUUUACGUUUAUUUCAUUUUCAUUUUCUAGUCAACACAAUUAACUUUAUCUCUUCCACAAUUAAGCCAACAAGUUAACCAUCAACAAUUAAUGUGAUCUACUUACUAAUUAAUCAUCAAUCAAUUUCUAGUCUCUCUCUCUCAUCAACCUGAUCAACAUCAACAAUUAACUUUGUCAAGAAAUUCAACUUAAAGGAAUCAAGAUUUAAUUGCAAUUGGAAAAAAAUUUCUUCAUCUAAUCAUCGUCAUAAUUUUAAUUGUUCUACAACAAUUAAACUGAUUUAAUUUCUUAGCUAUUUAUAAGCAACAAUAUCAAUCUAACUGAUCAGCAAUCAAUUGAUUUUGUUACAAUUUGCUACUCUAAUCAACACAUUUUAAUUAUGAUUGCUGCCAACAAUUAACAAGGGAGAAUGAGACACAAACAAUUAAACUAAUUUCACCAGUUACGACGAUGAAAAGAAGCAAUUUAAAUCGUUGGACCAUUGAUUUAAUUGUGAAUUUAAACAACAACAAUCAAGAGAGGAGAUAAAACUAAAUUAUUGAUCAUUAGUUAAUUUACAAUUUGAUUAAUUUAAUUUAAAUGAAACUAAUUUAUUUAACAAACCUGAUGAUUAAGCUAUAAGAGAGUCCAAAUUUUUAAUUACUGUCUAUUUAAUUUUAAUUUUCCAGUAGAUGAUUUCACAUGAAAAUUUUACCAGCAAACUGAUUAACAUUAAUUAACUAAUUGCAAAUGAUUAACUCUAACAAUUAAUCCCAAAAAAUUAACUCUGAUUACUUUGCAAAAUGUUUGCAAAGUGUAGUUUCAAUUGUAUGUCUUUAAAACGGACAAAUUUUAAUCAACUCACCUAAAUAUAUUUAAUCAAUUAAUCACAAUAAUUAGUAACUUAAACAACAAUCAACAGCAAUUAAAGGGCAGAAAUUAUGAUUUAACUUUGAUUAUUAACCAGAAACAAAAUUCAGGUCGUUUUUUUUAUCCACCACGACGAUUUCACUGAAUAUCUCGACAAUUAAAUGUCACAUGAAUGUCAAACUUGACCAGAGGACAAACAGAAUUAAAGAACUCGACCUUACGAUUUUCAAGGUCAUUGAGGUCAUUUCCCCAAGAACACGUUGAUUGGUCAUCUUAAAACCCUUUCAUCACAGUAAAGUUUAAUUUCUAAUUGUCAAUUGCAAAGGUUGAUUGUUGUUAGAGGUUUGGAAAUGUUUUUUUUAAUUCCCUUGCACAAGAAUCACAAUUUAUCAUCGCAAUCAAAUCAAUCACACCAACAAAUGUACAAUUAAACUUAACAAUUAACAGCUCAAUUUCAAAUCUCUGAUGCUUAAUCAAAUAACUGGUUUAAUCGAUAAACACACACACACCAAAGACAAUUAACUAAUUAGCUGCCACUUUACAAUUAACUGAUUGUUUUGAAAAGAGAUUGAAGAUUUUUUUUUCUUAUUAAAUUUUAAUUUCCUUGUUAAUUUAAAUACACUUCUUUGUACCAGACUUAAUUCUGGAAACUGAAUCAGUAAAUGACUUUGAUCAUCAUCAACCAUCAUUCAUCAAUUUAAUCAUCACAAUUUGUUAAUCAUCAUCACGAUAAUCACACUGAAAACUGAUUUCUCUUAAUUUUUAUUCAAAAAACAAAACGAAACAAUUUUUAUGUUGAUAAAAUCUCUGAUUAAACAACUGAAUCAACUCCCCUCCCCUUAAUCCUGUUGAUUAAGAAAAUUAAUUACUGUUAAUUACCCUGAUUAUAACUAUGUAAGGUGUGAUUGGUGCAAACACCAAACCUUAAUUGUUUUUAAUUUUAUCAAUUGUAAACUUUUUUCCCUUCAACUAUUAUUUUUAUUACUCUCCUUUUCUUGAUUUGUUGAUUGAUUAUGUAGAUCAUCAAGUUGAUUUUCACCAACAAUUUAAUUCUGAUGAUCAAAAAACAAUCAAUGACUGAAUUGAAUCUCAACCGUUAACUUAAUUUACUUAUGAUUUCUCUCUCUCUCUCUCACUUGAUCAAUUUAAUUGUAUUAUUAUCAUUAUCUAGUUACCAGAUUAUCCGAUUAAGUUAAUCACUGGAUUAAUAGAUAUUUUUCCUCUUCUUCCUGUAAUUAAUUUGAUUCCUUUAUCUCCUGUUGCUUAAAUUGCACUAUUGUGCCAUCCAUGAUUAUGAUACAAUUACAUUAAUUGAUAAAUAUAAAUGAUCAUUUAAAUUGUCACCGAGUAGUUAACUUGAUUGACAAUUAAACUUAGAAUAAAAAUUAUUCCAUAAAAUUG